UUCCUUCUCUCCACUACCAGAUAUCCCAUUUUUACUUACCAACAGUUUAGCUUUUAUCAUCUACCCAAACGCCCUGGGAAAGAUGGCCUGGCGAAACCAAGGAAUCACAGGCUCCAAUAAUGUGCCUUUGGGCAAUAGGAGACGCUUCGGUGGUGACAACCCCGAGGAGGAGAGUCGCACCGCGACACCUUCGUCCGCCGCCGGGGAUAAACGUGGUCGAAGUCCUGUUCGAGCCGACCCCCCAGUUGACGGCGUGAAAAAGCGCAAGAAGCGCAACCGUUGGGGCGAUGCUCAGGAGAACAAGGCCGCCGGUCUGAUGGGUUUACCCACGAUGAUCAUGGCAAACUUCACCAAUGAACAGCUUGAGGCUUACACUCUCCAUCUGCGUAUAGAGGAGAUCAGCCAAAAGCUGAGGAUUAAUGAUGUCGUCCCCGCGGAUGGCGACAGGUCUCCGUCUCCCCCGCCUCAGUACGAUAACUUUGGAAGACGUGUUAACACUAGGGAAUACCGCUAUCGGAAACGUCUCGAAGAUGAGCGCCACAAGCUCAUUGAAAAGGCGAUGAAGACUAUCCCUAACUAUCACCCGCCUUCUGACUACAGGCGCCCUACUAAGACCCAGGAGAAGGUCUAUGUGCCAGUGAAUGACUAUCCAGAGAUUAACUUCAUUGGCUUACUUAUAGGACCCCGUGGAAAUACCCUGAAGAAAAUGGAGAGCGAGUCCGGUGCUAAAAUUGCUAUCCGAGGCAAAGGCUCCGUCAAGGAAGGAAAAGGUCGCUCUGAUGCCGCUCACGCUAGCAACCAGGAAGAAGAUCUCCAUUGUUUGAUCAUGGCAGAUACCGAAGAAAAGGUCAACAAAGCGAAGAAGUUGGUGCACAACGUUAUUGAAACGGCCGCCUCCAUUCCAGAAGGCCAGAACGAGCUCAAGAGGAAUCAGCUCCGAGAGCUUGCUGCGCUCAACGGUACUCUUCGUGACGAUGAGAACCAAGCUUGCCAGAACUAAAAAAAAAACUAGGUGGCCAAAUCGGACAUCGCAAAUAUGACUGCCCUGAACAGCGCAACUUCACUGCCAAUAUUAUAUGUCGUGUUUGCGGCAACGCAGGACACAUGGCUCGUGAUUGUCCAGAUCGCCAGAGA